CCUUCUUUUGACUCUAGUCCCUGUUGUGUGUUUCAGGUUUACCUCCAUCCCAGAAAGAUGACUUGCUCCAGCCUGUGCUAUCCAGAAUGCGGAGUGGCCCGGCCCUGUCCGGUCACCGGUACCUGUAACGAGCCGUGCGUUAGGCAGUGCCAAGACUCUGAAGUGAUCAUCAGACCCUCACCAGUUGUUGUGACCCUCCCAGGACCCAUUCUCAGCAAUUUCCCUCAACACAGUGCAGUGGGAGCUGUAGGAGCACCUGUGGUCGGACCCGGUUACGGAGGCUCAUUCGGUUGGGGGGGCUAUGGAGGCCAUUACGGAGGAUUGUAUGGUUUAGGUGGAUACGGUGGAUACGGUGGUUACGGCGGCCGUUACGGUUAUGGGGGAUUAUGUGGUUAUGGGGGACACUGCGGUUACCUAGGCGGUUAUGGUUAUGGGGGAUUAUGUGGUUAUGGGGGAUAUUGUGGUUACCCAGGCUUCUGUGGUUACGGGGGAUUAUGGGGAUAUGGGGGAUAUGGCCGUAGGUAUCUCGGUGGAUACUGUGGGUCAUGCUAAACCCAGCAGAAACAUCUGUGGAAGAAGGAAGAACCAGGAAAUGAACACCCAGAUACAGAUUCACCCAUGAUCUUUUGGGCAUGGCUUUCAGAAGUACUGGGCAAACAGGGCUCCAGCUGAACUCAGUGGGAGCUGUGUGUGCUCAGCACCUUGGGCUGACAGCCAUGCUGCCUUUCUAAUGUUAUGCUUUAUGACUCUUUCUGCCAAGG